UAUAAAUUUAGCCUCAUGGAAGGCGCGCCGUGGAUUAUAUCUUGGAACUCUCAGAUUUCAUCUUCAGAGGAGCAGUGGUGAUGCAUGGAAGGCUGGUUUCUGGGUGGCCACCCCUCAGGUAUUAAGAGGUGGGAGAUAUUUCAAUCAUACUGCACUCGCUGGCACCACACUUCACUUGAGACUGUAUCUAUCUCUUGUAAUGUUUGCACUGUGCUCAAAGGAGGAGAACAUGAAGUGGAUUUUGGAAUAAUUAUGAUAUGAAGAGAUUAGGAAGGUUUGAGGAGUAUCAGGUUGUGACAACUAGGGAGGAGAACUCUGAAAUCUUUCCUCUACGGGCUAAAACACAAGAUCCAUUGAGCAAGAAGUUUGAGGUGGUGUCAUGGAUGCAUUGGCUUUAGAGGCAAAAGUGGCAAAGAAUGAAGGCACACCAGCACCUUCUACCGCGCCAUCCAAACCCAGACCAAAACCUCCUAAAAAACCUAAACGGAUCGUUUACUUUGAGGUGGAGAUCUUAGAUGCCAAAACCAAAGAGAAACUACUGCUCCUGGAUAAAGUAGAGCCAACAGCCACUGUUUUGGACAUUAAGUCUAUGUUCCAUAAUUCAAAUCAACAUUGGUAUCCUGCCAGACAGUCUUUAUGCCUGUUUCCAAAGGGCAAGCCCUUAAGAGAUGAGGAGAUCCUUCAAGAGCUGCCUGUAGGAACUACUGCAACCUUUUACUUCAGAGACCUGGGAGCCCAGAUUUCCUGGGGAACUGUGUUCUUAAUCGAGUGCAUUGGACCACUUGUCAUAUACCUGCUGUUUUAUUUUAGACUGCCUUUUAUCUAUGCUCUCAAGUAUGAAUUCACCACCAGUAACCAUUGGGUUGUGCAUAUCGCCUGUUUGUGUCACUCCUUCCAUUAUGUGAAGCGAAUCUUGGAGACAAUGUUCGUCCAUCGCUUCUGCCAUGGCACCAUGCCACUGCGCAAUAUUUUCAAAAACUGUUCCUAUUACUGGUGCUUUGCAGCAUGGAUGGCUUACUACAUCAAUCACCCACUCUACACACCACCAUAUUAUGGGGACAAGCAGGUGAAAACCGCACUUGGAAUAUUUCUAUUCUGUCAACUGGGAAACUUCUCGAUUCACAUUGUACUGCGAAAUCUCAAACCACCUGGUUCCAAGAUGAAGAAGAUUCCAUAUCCAACCAAGAAUCCAUUUACGUGGAUAUUUGCACUUGUAACAUGCCCAAACUAUACAUAUGAGGUGGGAUCUUGGCUUGGAUUCACGCUGAUGACUCAGUGUGUCCCUGUGUUGUUCUUCACUGUAGUGGGAUUCAUACAGAUGACCGUUUGGGCCAAAGGGAAACAUCGCAGCUACCUGAAAGAGUUCAAAGAGUAUCCCACACUGCGCUCCCCUAUCUUCCCGUUCAUUCUAUAACAGGACAAAACGACACAGAAAAUCCCAAAUACUCAUUAAUCCCAGUCAGUGGACAUUAUGGCAUCUCAAAGUGAAUUGCAAAGACUGCAUGUAGGAUUUGGAGGUGAACAUUCUCCAUCGGGGCACUGAAUAUUUAUUAAAGCGCAACCUUAUGUGGUUGGGUUUAAAAACUGAGCAAGAAUUACAAAUAAAAAUAUUGCUGCAAGCAGCGAUGAUGGGCCCAAGCACCAUGGGUCAUCUUUCCACCUGUUGGCUUUAGGAAAACAAUGCAAGGUGGACACAUGCAUUUGGCAUUUGACGUUAUUCUAAACCAUUUUUAAGCAAUUUGGGUAAAUAUAAGAGAACUAUUUUAAAGUCUGUUGUAAGAGCCACACUUCCUGCUGCCAGGUGGUGGUGCUAUUUAAAUCCCACACUGCACACAGAAGAUAGGAGACACUUCUUGUUUCCCAUGUUUCGCCAUUAAUUUAAUACCUCACCUUGGCAACAUUGUUCUAUAUUUCAAAAUUUGCUUGCAAUGUCUUGGCAUAAUGUUGUCUAAAUGUGGUGACAGUUUCAUGAUUUCGCUAGGAGGAGUAUUUAAAAAUUCAGAGACUGCAAUAUUAAAAAAAUGCUAAAUGGCUGACAUCCUGUUGGGCAGAGCUAGUAAUUAUAAUUCUGAAAGUUGCCCAGCUUAAUGAGAACUAUAUAUGUACUAAUUUUGGUGACUGUUGGUGAAAUGGGGGUGCUACAGAUGCCGUCAUACAUGCCCAUUUUAAACUAGUUAACUGUCACUGGCUAACAGGUGAGCCGUUUGAAUGUGGCUAUAAAACAAAUGCUUUGUUUUAUAUCAAAAACUUCAUCAAUGUUCACAAACUUGGUAUCAAAUUAAAGCUUAAAAACUCAACUUUCAUCUUCUACGGUCUAUUUUGCAAUUAGAACAUUGCAGUGAAAACAUAUUUUAAAAUGUUUCAUAUUCUCUGCUUAUGAUCCGAUCCAAUGAUUGAAGAAAAAACAGCAUGCAUUUUAUUGUGAGUAUCCACUAAUGAAAAUGCAUUAACCGCUUCAGAUUGGUUAAGUAACAUCAUUACCUUCUAGUUGAAGUUCUGUUAAUAUUUUUGCAUCUGUGAUUAUUUGGCAGCUUUAAACACCUGAAAUGUCCACUAACAUUAUGCCAAAUUGGGCCAGCGUACCCAUCUCUCUCUCUCCUCCCUCCCUUUCUCCCUCUCCUCCCUCCCUUUCUCCUUACCCUCGUUCUGUUCAUAUUCCCAGAAGACAUUCUGCAGUGCAGUGGCCGAGGCACCGCACCAACACUCCCUCUCAAGAAAUGGGGGAGGAGUAAGUCACAGGCCCGGUGACUCCCCAGCCUGAGUUUGGUGAUGGGGCUAUGUGGCGAGCAGGACGUGGCCGAGCGGCAUUGGGGCAAAGCGAGGCCAGAGAAAUAAUUGGUAAAUGAGUUCCACCUGUGCGCCACACCGGUUUCACAUUCCAGGCAGGAGUGGCGGGAGUAUUUAAGAAGAGAAGAGAGCGGCAGAUGUUACAAUUAAAUUUUUAAUUGUUACACUUCAUUGCUAACUGAUUAAUUUGACCUUUUUUCCUAUAAUUUUAAAAUAAGUAUUUAUUGAAAAAAUAUGUAGAUCUGAAGAUUAUAUUGUAAUUAAGUAAUUUACCAUUUUUAUAUAUCCUUAAAAUUUCUUUCAAUUAAAUGAAAAAAUUGAAUUAAAUGCAUUAGGUUGGUCUAAGUAGAGUUUAAUAUGAGCACAGAAGUCAAUUAGCCUUGUAAUUUCAUUGCAAUUAUGUGGCAAUCGAUCUCAAUUUCUUUUAUUGUUGCAUUUUUUCUCUGUUUUCUGCCAAAAUGAAUGAAGUGGAUUUACAUUUAGUCUGCAUUCAUUUUUCAUAUGCACAACUGUUUAAAUAUCCUUUAAUAAUGACAUAAAUUAGGUUAGGCUACUGCAUGUCCUACCAUAGAAUAAUCAUUAAAAGUUCAAAUUACCAACUGGUAACCGACAAGAACUUUUGUUCCUCGAUGUUGCCACAAUGUUGUAAUGAUGGACUGGCACAGUUCCAAACAGGGCCGGACCUAGGGUUUGUUGGCCCUAAACAAUAAUAGUGUAUGGGGCCCUACAGGUUUCUAGAAAAUUCUAGUUAAUUUAGAAAAAAAAUACGAAAUGCAACAUACUACGUUUCAUUGAUACGGUUGUGUGUUUUGUUGAUUAGAGUAAUUGAUGGGCAAAAAAUUAAAUAAAUGGGGGUGGUGUGUGGGGCCCCGAACCAAUCACGGGGCCAUAAACAAAUGUUUAGGUUGUUUAUUGGUUCGGGGCGGCCCUGGUUCCAAAGUUACAUUGUGGCUAUGAAUAUAGGAAUUUCAUUUUUCUGGUUGUCUGGUUAUCAGUUACGUUGCCACGAUGAAAGUUUAGUCAUCAAGUUAGGUAAUGCAAGAAAACUUAUCUAAGGUUAAAAAAGAUAUUCAAUAAAUCUGUAAACUAAAAACACAAAUGAGGAUUCAAUAAUUAUGCCUGUUGCAGUUAUUACAUUGUCAGAUAUUUAAAUCUGACAUAGGGCCAUAUACAAACAAAUACAAGUAGAGUUCAUAUAUUUGAGCAUUUAUAUACACAUUUAAAUUCCACAAGUGUUUAUAAAAUAUGUUAGGCCCCUACAUAUAUGACAUUUUUCAUUUUUGUCAUAUUGUCUAUACUGUAUAUUACAUAUAGCCUAUCUAUUUAAUUUACCUUUUGUAUAUCAGUAAAAACAUUUAUGAACAUUUACUUUCAGCAUAUCUAACCAUUUUCAGAUUUGUAGCCUACUGUAUUAAUAGCACUUCAAAUUCUAAUCGCAUUGUAUUUCACAACUAAUGGGGAUUUUACAUGAAUGUUAGAGAUUCUUUGGAUAAACAGGUUUUUGGGUCUCAUUCGCAGCACGCAGGGUAAAGAUUAAGCGCUAGCUGUGAUGUAUGUUUGCUGUCUGCGGACCCAUGAAAGUAUAGAUGGAUUUUUAUUGGAACGGUCUAGAAGGGACCCCCCUUUGUCAAAUUCUCGCACAUGUGCUGUUAUGUAUAGUCUAAGUCUGUGUAUCUGUUUUCAUCAGUUAACUGUUUAUCAAAAGAACAACAUGUACAUUUAAAGACCAACUUCAGAUGGCUAGCAAAAUAACAAGGGCAUCCUCGUGAAAUACAGUGUUUGAAGUCACACAGCAAUGAUGAGCACUAGUAAAAGAUCAUAUUAAAUGGUCUGCUUUGAUAAAAAGUCAUUCUUGUGAUCAAUUCAAGCUCUAAAAUAAAUAUUUAACAUAAUAAAUUUGAUAACUUCAUGUCUGUAACGCUGGGAAGAAGUCAAGAGAGCUGGAUCUAGGUGCAGCUAAGGAUUUUUAUGAAAAUAAACAAAUAUAAAUAACUGGUAGACACAGGAACAAAUAAAACAUCCAAGAUGGGAAACAAGAACAUAAACAGGAGUAAACAUCUACAAAGGGCACUGGUUAAACAUGGGAGGUCAAACACAUGCAACAACUGACAACAAAAGAUCAAACAACAGGGUUUAAAUACACAAAGGAUAAUGACUAAAUGAAACACAGGUGAGGACAAUGAAGGACAGUUGGCAGAGAUGAGAGCAGGGAAUUAUGGGAAGUGUAGUCCGGGAACAGAUGACAGGGGAGAAACACAGGCCAGACAACAGUGAAUCGUGACAAUCUCUUUGUGUGCUAAUGUUAGUCAUGAGAUAUUGUAAGUCUGUGGAGAAGUACAUCAAUCAGUGCUGGUAAAAAGAGUCUGACUGGGUGGUCUAGUGGUAAUUAAUUUGCCCAUUGCAUAAGUGGUUAAAUGUUUUAAUCUGUCCAUAUGAAACUUUAUAUUUUAAUUAACAAAGAUUGCAUCCGCACCUUAGUGGAUGUUUAUCUUGAUUGGGGAAACCUUUUUUGCAUUUUUUUAAGGGAUUCGAGGGGUGAUGGUAUACUUUGUAUAAGCUGCAUGAUGAAGAGAGACACUUAAACACCUGUUACAUCUUUCAUCUCCAUCUCUAGUUCCAUCCAGGGUUGGAAAUGACAAAAAAAUCCCCCUGCAAUCUGAUAUAGUUCUAAAUGAAUAUAUCCAUUACAUUCUUCAUUUGAAUUUUCACUGAACAUUAUUUAUUUCGUGCCAUCCGUCAUGCAGAUAUCGCUGAGUCAGUGGUGGAUGCUCGCACCAUAAACGCACACAGACAGGCACUCCAUUUCUCACAAUUUACAUCAGUUCGGUGUCAUGCUCAUGCACUAAAAUGAUCAAAUACUACAAUGUAGUUAAUAAUAAUAUUACCAAAAAUAA